GUGCGGGGGGGGGUUUUCCGGACACUUGACGUGGGCCUAUAAAAUAUCGCGUGCGUGCGCGCGUCCGUCCGUCAUGGAGCUGCUGGAAGUGGAGUCGAGCGUCGUGGUGAUCACCGCGCUCGGCCUCCUGCUGGCCGCCGCCGUCCUCCUCCGCCGCAGGAGAGAGGAGGCCGCCGCCUCGGUCGGCUCCCCAGCGGCCGCCUGCGCACGCGACGAGCCUUCGACCAGACGUUUGGCGGCUCCGCGACAGGCUGUCCCACAACCAGAAGCGGUUUCAGUCGAUCCAGAACCUGGCCAAGAGUCUAAAUCUUGUACCGGAACAGCCUCUGCACCAGAAGACAACCUUGUUGAACCAAUUUGUGGAUCAGAACCUGUUUCAGAAGCAGUUUCAGUGUCAGACCCUCUUUUAGAACCAUCAAUGAGACCAAUAAUUUCUGAGCUUUUUCCCAACACCGUCAAUGAAUUGUGCUUUGUUAAGGAAACGCUUUCUUUAGCAUUGACUUCUGGUCCAGAAACUGCCCCUCAGCCAGAAGCCAUCGCAAAAAAACCCCCAGUUCCAGUUCCAGAAACCAUUCCUCAGCUGGAGCCUGUACAUGAAACACUUGUAGCACCAGAACCAUUUCCAGAAACUAUUCCUGUGCCAGAACCUGUACAUGAAACACUUGUAGCACCAGAAGCAGUUCCAGAAACACUUAACCAGCUAGAAUCUGCCAUCGAAAAAUGUUAUGCUCUGGAACAAGUCUCUAAAUCCACAGUAGAACCUGUACUGGAACAACUUUCAGAAACAGAACCCACCUCUGAACAAGAACUGGAAGCAGUAGUACUAGUUUCUGAACCAUUAUCAGUAGCACAGGUCAUUCCAGAAGAGUUGUGGUCCUCAAAGCCAGUUUCAGACCUACAACCAGAAUCAGAACCUAAAGAAUUUUUACAGGUGGUGGCUGAACGGCUUUUUGGACCCGCGGAUGAAUCUGUGUUCGCAGCACUCCCCAGAUCCGACCGGGAGAAGCCACCGACUCCCGAACCCGUCGCUGAGCGAGCAGCCGACGACGCUGUGCCACAAGCAGAUCUGCAACCGGAACCGGAACCACAACCAGAGCUUAAUGGUGCAGCGGCAGAAGAUGACAAAGUGACAUUCACGCCCGGAAAGAAAGCCUUGAAGUUUGAGACGCUAAUGACCAAGGAGGAAUUGGAGGAGGAGCAAAGGGUGCAACAGGAGCAGCUGGCGGCUAUCUUCUUGCUCCUGAGGGAGAACGCGGAGGCUCUGGGUGAGGUGACGGAGGGCGACAUGGAGGAGCAGCUCAAGCUCUACUCGCUCUGACCGUGGCAACCACGUCGUCAAAGUCCGUAAGCCUCCUCGCUAUCGGAAACCACGUGAUGUCGUCCAUUCUGUUGUUUUGGGGGCUGCGCGGCCGUAGGACCACCGUGGGUUUGAUUCCGCUCAACCUUUUUGGCCUCCUUGUUUGCAAAGUAGAACAGAAGGGAACAGUUCUUUCAUUUGUACUAAAGUCAUUGGGGACAAAAAACAACACUUUCUGGGCUCUUCUUCGACAAAACAAUACAAAGCUGAUUUGUAUGCCGACAAAAUCCUAGCCUGCGUUCCAAAUUCCUCCCUGUACACUUUCUAUAGAGUGCUGGCCAAUUUGUAGUGCAUCCGGAACGUGUAGUGAGUAUGGGUUGCCGCUAUACAAUGCCCUCCCUCCGUGUAUCCCGCGAUGCAGUGGAAAGUAUUUAACAGCGAUGCUACUAAAAAUUCAAAUAGUCGUCCCUCGCCAUAUCACAGUUCACUUUUUGUGGUCUCACUGUAUUUUGUGGUACAUUGCGGGAUUUGAUCAUUUUUCCACACGGACGAAUGUUACUGCAACUCGUCUCCGGGCCAGUGAGAUAGGGGUCUUAUGUAGCAAUAAGCGUGAACCAGGAGUAAAGACGCUAUGUCCAAAGUGGGCUCAUGUCACACACUUGCACAACUGCAGGUCGACAGUAAAGUCACAGCAACGAGAAAAAGUAUUGGUCCCCUUCUCAAAUUCUUAGAUUUUUGCAUAGUUUCCACACUUUAAGAUCAUCACACAAAUUGAACCCACGUGAACUUAAAAUGCUGUUUUGAAAUGGUGAAUUAAUAUUGGGAAAAAAAUAACUACUCAGUUACUGGGCCCUGUGCAAAAAAGUCAUGAGCUCCCUUGUUAAAUCAUGAAUUCAUUGUGGCUAAUUAAUUUUGGGUUAAUUUUCACCGAUCACACCCAAGCCUGAUUACCUCCAGACCUGUCCAAUGAAGAAAUCACUGAAACAGAACCUGUCUCGACAAAAUCAAGUCUGACAAAAAUUCUCAAAAAGCUGCAACAAAAUCACACGAUCCCCAAAAAUUCCAGAACAGUCGAGAAAUGAAGUGACAGCGGUUUGGAAAGGCUGACAAAAGCCAUUUCUAAAACUUUCGGAUUCCAGCGAUCCAUAGGGAGAGCCAUUAUCCUCACAUGAAGAAAACAUGGAACAGUGGUGAACCUUCCCAGGAGUGGCCGGCCGACAAAGAUUACCCCAAGAGAAUCUCUCUCAGCAACACAUCACCAUCCUAUGCUGUCUAGCCACACUGUCCCCUACCACGACCUUACAGUCGGCAACCUCCUUCAGAUGACAUCCUCUGCACAAGAUGUAAUCCACCUGCGUGCUUCUACCUCCGCUCUUGUAGGUCACUCUAUGUUCCUGCCUCUUCUGGAAGAAAGUGUUCACUACAGCCAUUUGCAUCCUUUUUGCAAACCGCCAUCUGUCCCUCCGAGUUCCUUUCCUGGAUGCCGAACUUACCCAUCGCUUCUUCAUCACCAGUUUCCUUCACCUACAUGUCAAUUACAAGCCCAAUUCCAAUGAAGUUGGGACGUUGUGUUAAACAGAAUACAAGGAUUUGCAAAUCAUGUUCAACCUAUAUUGAAUUGAAGACACUACAAAGACGAGAUAUUUCAUGUUCAAACUGAUCAACUUGAUUGUUUUUUAGCAAAUAAUCAUGAUGGUUGCAACACGUUCCAAAAAAGCUGGGACAGGCUCGUGUUUACCACCGUGUUACAUCACCUUUUCUUUUAACAACAUUUAAUAAACGUUUGGGAACUGAGGACGCUAAUUGUUGAAGCUUUGUCGGCGGAAUUCUUUCCCAUUCUUGCUUGAUGGACAGCUUCAGCCGUUCAACAGUCCAAGGUCUCUGUUGUCAUAUUUUACGCUUCAUAAUGCGCCACACAUUUUCAAUGGGAGACAGGUCUGGACUGCAGGCAGGCCAGUCUAGUACCCGCACUCUUUUACUACGAACCCACGCUGUUGUAACACGUGCAGAAUGUGGUUUGGCAUUGUCUUGCUGAAAUAAGCAUGAAAAAGACGUCGCUUGGAUGGCAGCAUAUGUUUCUCCAAAACCUGUAUGUACCUUUCAUCAUUAAUGGUGCUUUCACAGAUGUGUAAGUUACCCAUGCCAUUGGCACUAACACAGCCCCGUACCAUCACAGAUGCUGGCUUUUGAACUUUGCAUCCAUAACAGUCCGACUGGUUCUUUUCCUCUUUGGCCCGGAGGACACGACGUCCACAAUUUCCAAAAACAAUUUGAAAUGCGGACUCGUCGGACCACAGAACACUUUUCCACUUUGCAGCGGUCCAUCUUAGAUGAGCUCGGGCCCAGAGAAGCCGGCGGCGUUUCUGGGUGUUGUUGAUAAAUGGCUUUUGCUCUGCAUAGUAGAGUUUCAAGUUGCACUUCCGGAUGUAGCGCCGAACUGUAUUUACUAACAUUGGUUUUCUGAAAUGUUCCCGAGUCCAUGUGGUGAUAUCCUGUACACAUUGAUGUCGUUUUUUGAUGCAGUGCCGCCUGAGGGAUCGAAGGUCACGGGCAUUCAAUGUUGGUUUUCGGCCUUGCCGCUUCCCAUGCAGUGAUUUCUCCAGAUUCUCUGAACGUUUUGGUGAUAUUAUGGACCGUAGAUGAUGAAAUCCCUAAAUUCUUUGCAAUUGUACGUUGAGCAACAUUGUCCUUAAACUGUUGGACUAUUUUCUCAGGCACUUGUUGACAAAGAGGUCAACCUUGCCCCAUCUUUGCUUGUGAAUGACUGAGCAAUUCAGGGAAGCAAUCAUGGCAGCCACCGGUUCCCAAUGAGCCUGUUCACCUGUGGGAUGUUCCAAACACGUGUUUGAUGAGCAUUCCUCAACUUUCUCACUCUUUUUUGCCACCUGUGCCAGCUUUUUUGGAACGUGUUGCAGCCAUCAAAUUCUAAGCCAAUGAUUAUUUGCUAAAAACAAUAAAUUUUAUCAGUUUGAACAUUAAAUAUGUUGUCUUUGUAGUGUAUUCAAUUCAAUAUAGUUUGAACAUGAUUAGCAAAUCAUUGUAUUCUGUUUUUAUUUAUGUUUAACACAACGUCCCAACUUCAUUGGAAUUGGGGUUGUACAAUCUGCCCCAAACACGACUCUCUUUCAGUCUGGGAUGCUCAGAACUACUUCGUCAAGCGCCAACCCAAAUUUGUCUUUCAUCUCUUGGUCACAUACUACAUGAGGGGCACGGCCGCUAAUCACAGUAUACAUUGGGGCAAAAAAGUAUUUAGUCAGCCACAAAUUGUGCAAGUUCUCCCACUUAAAAAGAUGAGCUUGACCUGAAGUUUUCAUCAUAGGUAUCCCUCAUCUAUGAGAGACACUUAUGGGGGGGGGACCCAGAAAAUCACAUUGUCUGAUUUUUAAAUAAUUGAUUAACAAUUUUUGGUGGAAAAUAAGUAUUUGGUCACCAACAACAACAACAAAAAAAUAAAUAAAUAAAAAUAAUCCAGAUUUCUGGCUCUCACAGACAUGUAACAACUUCUUUAGGAGGCUCCUCUGUCCUCCACUCGUUACCUGUAUUAAUGGCACCUGUUUGAACUCGUUAUACAACCCAAUUCCAAUGAAGUUGGGAUGUUGUUUUAAACAUAAAUAAAAACAGAAUACAAUGAUUUGCAAAUCAUGUUCAACCUAUAUUUAAUUGAAUACACUACCAAGACAAGAUAUUAAAUGUUCAAACUGAUAAACUUUGUUUUUAGCAAAUAAUCAUCAACUAGUAUAUUCAAUUAAAUAUAGGUUGAACAUGAUUUGCAAAUCAUUGUGUUCUGUUUUAUUUAUGUUGAACACAAUGUCCCAACUUCAUUGGAAUUGGGGUUGUAGGUAUAAAAGACACCUGUCCACAACCUCAAACAGUCACACUGCAAACUCCACUAUGGCCAAGACCGAAGAGCUGUCAAAGGACACCAGAAACAAAAUUGUAGACCUGCACCAGGCUGGGAAGACUGAAUCUGCAAUAGGUAAGCAGCUUGGUGUGAAGAAAUCAACUGUGCUCCGGAGCAAUUGUUAGAAAAUGGAAGACAUACAAGACCACCAAUAAUCUCCCUCAAUCUGGGGCUCCACGCAAGAGCUCAACCCCGUGGGGUCGAAAUGAUCACAAGAACGGUGAGCAGAAAUCCCAGAACCACACGGGGGGACCUCGUGAAUGACCUGCAGAGAGCUGGGACCAAAGCAACAAAGGCUACCAUCAGUAACACACUACGCCACCAGGGACUCAAAUCCUGCAGUGCCAGAUGUGUCCCCCUGCUUAAGCCAGUACGUGUCCAGGCCCGUCUGAAGUUUGCUACAGAGCAUUUGGAUGAUCCAGAAGAGGAUUGGGAGAAUGUCAUAUGGUCAGAUGAAACCAAAAUACAACGUUUUGGUAAAAACUCAACCCACCGUCUUUCAGCAUGACAAUGAUCCCCAACACACCGCCCUGGCAACGAAGGAGUGGCUUCGUAAGAAGUAUUUCAAGGUCCUUGGAGUGGCCUCGCCAGUCUCCAGAGUUGAAAGUCUGUGUUGUGCAGCGACAGCCCCAAAACAUCACUGCUCUAGAGGAGAUCUGCAUGGAAGAAUGGGCCAAAAUACCAGCAACAGUGUGUGAAAACCUUGUGAAAUCAACAAAGGGUAUAUAUCAAAGUAUUGAGAUUAACUUUUGUUAUUGACCAAAUACUUAUUUUCCACCAUAAUUUGCAAAUAAAUUCUGUAAAAAUCA